AUGGCGGUCAACGAUGCCUACCACGAGUACAUGGACGACGUCAACAAUAGCGAGGGCUUCUACGUAACCCCCACACGCGACGGUUCGGUUAUUUUCGGAUGCAUCCGGCCGAUGCUCGGAGAAUUCUCCGGCGAAGAAAUCCACCGGAAGGCGGAGGUUGCCGCCAGGCACGCGGUGGAGGAACACAACCGAAAAAGCCUCGGGAGCACUCUCGAGUUUUUGAAGAUUGUGAACCUCAACGUGGAACCCACGGCCGGCGCCAUGUACUACAUGACGGUGGCGGCCGGAGAGGAUUCCGGCGACUCGCGGCUCUAUGAGGUCAAGGUUUGGGAGAAGAUCAAUUCGGGCUUUCGGGUCGAGAUUUUUCGGCCCGCGCCUUACUCGAUGAAAUCCUCCGAUAAACUUGGGAGCAAUUUUUGCUUUGUUGAGGUUGAUAACUUGACGAUGCCUUGGAUGAGGGAAGCCUAUUUAUACUACAAGUGCUUCUAUAGAUAUAAAUCAAAGAUUAAGGGAGUGGAGGUUAUAAAUCACAAUGAAGAUAGCGGGAAAAGUAAAGGGAUCGUGUGGUUCAAAAAUGGCGAAGAAAGAGAAGACUUCGUGAAGACCUAUGCUGGGAAACGAAUGCCGCGCACGGACGUGACAUAUAGUUUCGAUUACUAA